AUGGAUCUCGAAAGGACAUAUGAGAUCUGUGGUUGUACUCAGGACCAAAAGGUUCUAUACGCUGGAUACCUAUUCCAAGAAGAAGCUAGAAUGUGGUGGGAUACACGAAGGCAACUCCUAGUUAGGGAACUAGGAAGUCUCGCUGCACUAUCAUGGGAGAGAUUUAAGGAAGAGUUCGACAACAGAUUCUUCCCUGAUUCUGCCAAACAACUGAAGGCACAGGAGUUUGCGAGUUUAACUCAAGGCAGUCUGACCGUAGAACAGUAUGCUGCUAAGUUCAUGGCGUUAGGAAGGAUGCAGGCGCAGAAGUUUCAAGCAGGACUUCAGCCAAGGGUCCGUAGUCAAGUAGCUUGCCUAAGACUAGAGAAUUACCAAGAGUUGGUAAAUGUGGCUGUGAUAGCAGAGGCUGAGCAGAGAGGUCUAGCAAUCUAG